AUGAAUAUUAUUAGAGUAUUCCUAAGAUCGUCGGGAUUGUAUGGAUACUUGAAUGUGAUUCAUAAUGUGGAUUCAGACUUACAUGUUUCUUCGGGAAAUCGAAGAUGGAAAAGGAAGCCAUCGAGACGAGAAGUUCAUCGUUCGCCGCCGGCGAAGCUCCGGCGGGAGCCGAAGACCUCGAUGGAAUGCGGCGAGAUCAUGCGGGCCAUUGAGGUCGUCGAGAGAGACUCGGCCGCCAUUGCUGAGAGCUUCAAUUCCCUGUUCUCUUCCCUCCGUCUCGCCCUCUCCGAGGUCACUACCACAUCAGUCGAAAAUAUGCAGUGUUUUAGCGAUGUUGUUGGUCGAGUGCAAGAAUCUGCACUUGAUGCAGCGACCAAAGGAAACCGAUACAUUAAUUCAUGCUUGAGAUUGAAUGAAGAGAUGAAGGGUGUGGAUAGUCUUGCCAUGCGAUUAAAGGUCCUGAAGAAAAAUGUGGAUACUCUAGAUGUGGCUGUGAACCAGUUAGUCCACUUUUCCUGAUUGGGGAUUAGUCUAAGCUGCUCAAUACUUCAAGAUCUGAUCAGAUUGCAGAGAGACAUCCAAUUUGCAGAAUGCAGCUACAGAAAUUCAUGUGCAAAUUUUUGAAUAGACUGCUCUCAGUGAAUGGUCUGUCUCUACAGGACAAUUAAUGAAAAUAACCAAACGUGCUUCCGGCAACCAACCAGGCACGCACUGCCACAUUAUAACUGUGUUUCUUACUUUUCAGUAAAUUUUGUCUUUAUCUUGUCCAAUUAGAUGUGGUUUUAUGAAAAUAAAGCAUUGGACUUAAGACAAUUCAAGUUUAACAAAAUCAAGUGCUUCUGUUUCUUAAUUUUUAUUUAUUUUCUUUUAACAUCUUAAACAUAUGGUUGGUGGGAUUAUGAGGUGAAACCCUGAUCAAAUUGGUAUAAAUUUUACUAUGGGAUUUCAAUGCAUUAGUGAAUAAAUAAACAUAAU